AAGGUGCCGGCGUCGCAGGGGCGGGCAUGGUUGUGCCGCAUCUGGCUGGACGUGCCCUCCUCGCGCCCGAGCAGGGAGCUGGUCGCGGGCUGUUGCGCCCGCUGGAUGGCUGACGCGAGGUCUCCUCUCGCGGACAAGCUGCCGUGCUUGUCGCUGAUGAGAGAGGAGAUGGAGCAGCGCAGCCGGCUCGAGGGGCACGCCUGGCUGAUCGGGCACCUGCUGGAGCAGGUCUGCCGCAGCCCGGUGGACCACUCGCCGGACCUGCAGCACCUGCUGUGGCUGCUGGGCGGCGCGCCCAGCCCGCAGCUGCUGCGGCCGCUGCUCGAGGGCCUCGCCCAGGAGCUCGAGAGACUAGCCAGCCUGUGGGUCAUCCUGUGCCUCUGGGUGCCCGAGCCCCAGCCUCCGCUGCAGGACGGGGCGCUGCCGCCGUGGCCCGCGGACGCCCCCGCGCCGCCGCACGCGCUGCUGUGCGCGGUGUUGGGUGCGUUCUGGCAGCUGGCCGCGGUCUCUGCAGGCGAUGCGGCAGCGGCGAGCCUCUGCAGGACCAGCCUGCUGACGCUGUGCGCAAUGGCGGCGUGGGGCGUGGGCAGAGUGGCCCAGGGAGCGGCGGAGUUGUUGCUGGCGCUGCACCGCAGGGGGCCGAGGCUGCCCGAGGAGGUAUGGGAGUCGGCGCGGCCCGUCGUAGAGCAGCAGCUGGCCGGGCUCUUCGCCGCGGCGGGCGAGCUGGCCGGCAGGCUGCGGGCUGGCGUAGCCAGUGGCGGCGGCGGCUGUGGGCAUCCCGCCGCGGGCGCGUUCCAUUCGGCGCCAGCGCUGCAGGCGGGCUUCAGGCCCGCAGCCGCCGCGCCGCCCGCGACGGCGCCGUCGCUGGCGCCCGCCGCCCCGUUCGGCGGCCCGCCCCCCGCCGCCGCGGGCGCGGGCAGGUUCCACUCGGCGCCCGGCGGGGCUGGCGGCUGCGGCUUCCAGGCUCUGCCGGAGGACAGCGAGGAGUUGCCGUACGACCCAGCUCACGUGGGCCUCCAAAACACAAAUAACACUUGCUACAUGAAUAGCUUUAUCCAGGCGCUGUUCAUGACGAACAGGUUUAUUUGGCGGAUAUUUUCUUUCAAGCUCAGGCUGAAGAAGAACCCCUCCAAAGUGGACAAGGAGGAUUUCCAGUUCGGGCGGAAGCUGGUGGAGGUGCUCCAGGAGCAAAUGGCAAAGAUGGCGCUUACGAAGCACAAGCACACCGACAUUUGGGAGCUCCUGCAGGCUUUUCCAGACAUCUACCGCAGCGGCGAGCAGCAGGAUGUCACGGAGACCAUCCGGUUCGUGUUCGACCAGCUGGGCGGCUUCGAGCAGGCACUCAUUCGCGAGGUGUUCGCGGGCGAGCUGGCCGAGAAAACGCAGUGCCAGGUGUGCGGGCACGUGAAGAGCCGACCAGAGACGUUCUCCGACCUGGUGCUGACCGUGCCCCCCGAAGAGGAGGCCAAGGCGUGGGGUACCAUCCCCACCACGCAGAUGCUGCUGGACGAGCGUCUCAAGUUCGAGAGGCUUGACGACGACGCCCUGCUCGAGUGCGAGACGUGCCAGAAGAAGCAGCCUGUCGGCAAGUGGGCCGAGAUCGUCUCCCCCCCCGCGCACCUCUGCAUCUGCCUCAACCGUUUCACCUUCAACAUGAAGACGUGCGACUUCACAAAGGAGAAGACGCCCAUUCGUGUUGACGGCGGUGUCCAGAUUGGUCAAUUCAGGUACGAGCUGUACUUUGUGAUCUUUCAUUCUGGCCAGACCGCCACCAGCGGCCACUACUACGCGAUGGGGAGGAGGUCGGAGCCGACGGCCUCGCAGGAUAAUCCGUGGAUGACCAUGGAUGAUUCGCAGGUGAAGCCGGCCGACAUGGCGCUCUUGUCGGGCGAGCAGCAGGAGAAAAAGAAGGACGACAAUCCUUACGUGCUCUUCUACCGCUGUGCUGAGGCCCCGCCCACGCCAGUCGCGCGGAUGCCGCGGGCGCUGGCCAACGAGGUGAAGAGGAAGGACAACGACAGGCAAGAGUCGUAGCGCAGCGGCGAGGCAACCCUGAUCAGGGCAACCCCGACGGCGUAGGCCAUAGAGUCUGGAAGGGUUACGGCCGAGCGAAUACAGACUCACCAUUCCCAGCGCCAAGGAGCAUCAGUCUCCGC